UGACAUUUUGAACCACAACCCAAAAAUCUCAACCAUGGAUUCAAAUUACUUGGAGCUCCAAUUGCCUGGUUUCCGCUUUCAUCCUACCGAAGAAGAGUUGCUCGAGUUUUACCUCAAGAAAAUGGUUUCUGGCAAGAAUGCGCAUUGUGAUAUCAUCGGAUAUAUCAACAUUUACCUUUAUGACCCAUGGGUUUUGCCUGGACUGUCAAAGAUUGGUGAAAGGGAGUGGUACUUUUUUGUGCCAAGAGAUAGAAAGCAUGGGAGUGGUGGGAGACCAAACCGGACCACCGAAAAUGGUUUCUGGAAGGCAACCGGGUCAGAUCGUAAGAUAUAUGGGUUAUCGGACCCGAAGAAGCAUCUCGGACUCAAGAAGACUUUAGUCUUUUAUAAAGGAAGGGCACCAAGAGGGGACAAAACGGAUUGGGUCAUGAAUGAAUAUCGUUUACCAGAUAAUUAUUCAUUUGGCAAGGAAAUAGUACUAUGUAAGAUAUAUAGGAAGGCAACUUCUAUGAAGGUGCUAGAGCAAAGGGCUGCAAUGGAAGAAGAAACCAAGACGCUAAAAGUCACCCCUCCUUUAUCUCCCGAAGAAACCAUGUCGUUCCACACACAAUCUGAUGGUGUUGCACCUCUCAUGCCACCACUAGCGGAAUCAUGCCACAUGACAUCCGACAACAACGAAUUCCAUCAAGACUUUCUACUUUUCGUGGACGAGAAAUUGAAACAAGAGUCUCCGCCACCACAUGUAGUGUCGGUUGAAUCAUCCUAUAUGCCAUCCAAAAACCAAGAUGAGUUACAUCAUGACCUAUUUCUUAUGUUGGAUGAAGAAGUGAAAGAAGAGCCAGAUGUACUUAGUGAUGCAACUAGCAGCAAUUGUGACUAUGACCACAACGACAACAACAAUAGCAAUCGUGCUAAUAAAGUUACGGGUUUAAGAUUACCAACAGAAGAAAAAUUACACGAUCUGCAAUUGCCCAAAAUAAACAUGGAUUGGACCCAAGACUCCUUUUGGACACAGUUAUGCAGUCCAUGGUUAGACAAUAUAAUGUUGACGUCUCCUUAUGCUAAUCUCCUUAACCUCUAGAUAAUUAUAGGGAAAUAUUAACUUAAUUGUAGAUUAUGUUUCAACAAUAAGUAAAAAUGGAAGGCCAUGUUGUGGAUUGGCAUUGUCUUUCUGUUCGAAGAAAAGUUGUAAUAGUUAAUUAUUAAUGUUUUUAGGAAAAUAUACGUUUUUGCUUGUUGAUGCUAAA